AUGCUAUGGCUGCUGCUUAUUGGAGAGCUUCACACCAGCAUUGAAUCUUCCUAUCAAGGCUCUCGACCUAUAAUUUUGGAUCUGAGCUUCCAGUCCCAAGGUCUCAACUACCAAGAUCCCAUCUCUGACUACUCGUCUCAGUCAAAGCUCCUGGGCUACCAGUCCCAGGGUCUGAACUUCCAACACCAGUCCCCGGGCUACCCGCCCCAGCCCCCACAGCCCCAGUUCCUGGGCUACCAGCCCCAGUUCCCAGGCUAUCCGCCCCCGCAGCCCCAGUUCCCGGGCUACCCGCCCCCGCAGCCCCAGUUCCCGGGCUACCCGCCCCCGCAGCCCCAGUUCCCGGGCUACCCGCCCCCGCAGCCCCAGUUUCCGGGCUACCUGCCCCAAUUCAGAGGCUACCCGUCCAAGCCCCAGCCCCCGGAGCCCCAGUUCCAGGCUUACCCGGCCAAGCCCCAGCCUCUGUUCCGGGGUUACCCGUCCAAGCCCCAGCCCCAGUUCCGGGGCUACCCCUCCAAGCCCCAGCCCCUGCAAACUCAGUUCCGGGGUUACCCGCCCAAGACCCCGCAGACCCAUUUCCAGGGUUACCCGUCCAAACCCCAGCCCCAGUUUGGGGGCUAUCCGCCCCAGACCCCGCAGCCCAAGUUCCGAGGCUACCCGUCAAAGCCCCAGCCCCAGGUCUCGAGGACCGAGUUCCCUGGCUACCCGUCAAAGCCCCAGCCCUUACCCAAGCCCCAGGUCCUCCAGACAGAGUUCCCUGGCUACCCGCCCCAGCCCCUACCCAAUCCCCAGCAGCCCCAGUACCCUGGCUACUCGUCCAUGGCCAAUCCCCACCCCCAGCUCCCGCACACCCAGUUCCCUCGCUACCCGCCCCAGAUCACACAGCCCCAGCUCCCUGGCUACCUCUCCAAGCCCCAGGUCCUGGUCCCGCAGACCAAGUUACCUGGCUACCCAUUCAUACCCCAGGUCCCGGUCCUGCAGACCAAGUUCCCUUACUACCCGUCCAUGCCCAAGGUCCCGGUCCCGCAGACCAAGUUCCCUAACUACCUGUCCAUACCCCAGGUCCCGGUCCCGCAGACCAAGUUCCCUGGCUACUCAUCCAGGUCCAAGGUCCCGCAGACCAAGUUCCCUGUCUACCCAUCCAUUCCCCAGGUCCCGCAGACCAAGUUCCCUGACUACCCAUCCAUUCCCCAGGUAUUGGUCCCGCAGACCAAGCUCCCUGACUACCCAUCCAUGCCCCAGGUCCCGGUCCCGCAGACCAAGUUCCCUGGGUACCCAUCCAAGUCCCAGGUCCCGGUCCCGCAGACCAAGUUCCCUGACUACUCAUCCAGGUCCCCGGUCCCGCAGACUAAGUUCCCUGGCUACUCGUCCAUUCCCCAGGUCCCGGUCCCACAGACCAAGUUCCCUGACUACCCAUCCAUGCCCCAGGUCCCGCAGACCAAGUUCCCUGGCUACCCAUCCAGGUCACAGGUCCCGGGCCCGCAGACCAAGUUCCCUGGCAACCCAUCCAUUCCCCAGGUCCCGGUCACACAGACCAAGUUCCCUGACUACCCAUCCAUGCCCCAGGUCCCGCAGACCAAGUUCCCUGGCUAUCCAUCCAGGUCCCAGGUCCCGGUCCCGCAGACCAAGUUCCCUGGCUACCCAUCCAGGUCCCAGGUCCCAGUCCCGCAGACCAAGUUCCCUGGCUACCCAUCCAGGUCCCAGGUCCUGGGCCCGCAGACCAAGUUCCCUGGCUACCCAUCCAUUCCCCAGGUCCCGGUGCCACAGACCAAGUUCCCUGGCUACCCAUCCAUUCCCCAGGUCCCAGUGCCACAGACCAAGUUCCCUGGCUAUCCAUCCAGGUCCCAGGUCCCGGUCCCGCAGACCAAGUUCCCUGGCUACCCAUCCAGGUCCCAGGUCCCAGUCCCGCAGACCAAGUUCCCUGGCUACCCAUCCAGGUCCCAGGUCCUGGGCCCGCAGACCAAGUUCCCUGGCUACCCAUCCAUUCCCCAGGUCCCAGUGCCACAGACCAAGUUCCCUGACUACCUGUCCAUGUCCCAGGUCCCGCAGACCAAGUUCCCUGAAUACCUGUCCAAGUUCCCUGAAUACCUGUCCAACCCUCAAGUCCCGGUUCCGCAGCCCCAGUUCCCUGGCUACCCGUCCCGGCCCCAGGUCCCGCAGCCCCAGGUCUCCCAGCGCCCUAGGUACCCGCCACAGGUCCCACAGGCCCAGUUCCCUGGCUAUCCACCCCAGCCCCAGGUUCCGCAGCUCCAGUUCCCUGGCUAUCCGCCCCAGGUCCCGCAGCCCCAGUUCCCUGGCUACCCGCCCCAGCCCCAGGUCCCGCAGCCCCAGUUCCGUGGCUACCCACCCCAGCCAAAGGUCCCGCCGCCCCAGGUUCCGCAACCCCAGUUCCCUGGCUACCAGCCCCAGGUCCCGCAGCUCCAGUUCCCUGGCUACCCAUUCAAGAUGCCGGGCUACCCAUCCAAGCCCCAGCUCUAUGUGCCGCAGCUCCAGAUUCCAGACUACACUCUCAAGCCUGAUGUCAAUCUUGUCUCUGAUCAUCUUGCAAAUACCAAAGCCACACCCAGCAAGGGGGUUCAACAGGUCACUCGCAUCAAAAGAGCCGCCCCGCUGUACCGGAUUUCAGCCAGUAGUUCAUCGGUGUCUGCCGGAGACGAGCCGUCCCUCAAACCCCUCGGAUCUGCUGGAUUGUCCACCUUCCGUGGUUACCCGUCCAAGCACUAUCCCCGGCAGCCCCAGUUCUGGGGUUACCCGUCCAAGUCCCAGACCCCAUAG